AUGCCUACACGCUACGUGUCUGUACCAGACGAAGAGGCUAAGCCUCGUCCACUUAGAGUGGAAGUAAAAAACUACUCCGGUAAGGAGGGCGAGAACCUCAUCCUCUGGAUCCGUGAGAUCGAGAUGGCCAUGAGAUCAGGCCUGAUCACGCUUGACCAUCAACAGGUCUCGCUGGCUAUCUCGAAGCUCGAUGGUAGAGCUAGAGAAUGGGCCUUGACGUGUAGCACGUCGGUGGACAUAGCGUUUCCCACAUGGGAGUCGCUCAAGUUACAAUUGGUACAGGUGUUUUCUCCACCUAACCAGGUUUACCGCGUGCGCUCACGCUUUCUUUCUACCCGCCAGGGUAAGAAUGAAUUAUCGGACUAUGUCCAAGAGCUGCGAACGCUCAUGGCUGCAAUGCAGUCUGACCCUUUGCCUGAAGCAGUCCAUGUGACUAUCUUCAUGGAAGGUCUACGUGCUGGCAUUGCCAGAACCGAAGUUUUUCGGGUUCACCCCUCUACGUUUGAAGAGGCUGUGAGAAUUGCUCUUAAUGCUGAGCAUAACUUCAAGUCGGCCAGACUUGGUUGGAACGGAUACAAUCCUCGCUCUGUGAGAGCAAACUAUUCGGGUACCACUGCCUAUAAUAGGCUGGAACCGAUGGAUCUCAGCUAUGCUGAAGAUGGAGGUGAAGCUGAGCUUCAAGCUGCUGAGCAGAAACACGUUGUAAGACGAUGCUUUACGUGCGGAAGCACUAAACACUUGUGGCCUGGUUGCCCUUUGCGUAAGCAACGCCAGACUACGAGCCAACACUCGAGCCCGAGUCAGAAGUCUGGCAUGGCACGGGGAAAUGCCGACACCCAGUAG